AUGAAGACCGGCAGAGAGCGUCGAAAGACGCCGUUCGCCUCCCACCACAGGAGCGGAGGACGUCUUUUGACGCUGUUCGCACUGAACGUGUUAAACGAUCGACAGAAGAGCAAAAUACAAGCACUAGACAUGAAAGAGCGGUGUUUCAACUGUCAAGCUUUAGGUCACACAGCUGGAAACUGUCAGAAGGAAAAAAUAUGUCCGUGUGGUAAUCCUCCACAUGAAGGUCCUUGCCCGGAGCCCAAAAAAUGCGUAAAUUGCGAAGGUCCACAUUCAGCAGCUUAUAUGAAUUGCCCAAAACUAAAAGCUGAAGCAGCAAUACAGAAAGUAAAGGUAAUGGAAAACAUAACAUAUGCAGAAGCAAAAAGAAAAGUAAAUAUAACCACUCCAAAACCUACUACGUCCUAUUCUGCUGCCGUCCAAAAGUCAUCAGAAAUGAACAUUCAGCAGAUCAUAUCGAGAAUAAUUCCUCAUAUCGAAACUGCAGUUAGAAACGCAAUCUCAUGUUCUACAUCUAAGUGCGACCAUUUUAAAGCCCCAUCAUCAGGGCUAAUCUUCCGUAGAGAUAGAUCUGAUUCUGUCUCUACAAAUUUAUCGGCAGCGUCCGAAAAAAGAAAAAACCAGGGGACUCCACUACAGAUGAUGAUUCAUCUGCUAUGGACCCCAACUCAAAUCCAACAAAAAAACGGGGCAGGCCUAAAAGGACUGCCCCUCAGCGAUUCUUUGAGCACCCUACACGCUAUGUCAAAUCGCUAUUCCCGUGAUCCGUUAAUCUUAGCAUGCCUUCAGACAUUAAAGGUGUUGAUGGAUGGCGACAAGAGGGUAGUCUUUAUAUGGGUACCAGGACACGUAGGUAUACUAGGAAAUGAACUGGCAGAUCAAUCUGCAAGGCAGGCUGCUGCCGCAACUGGAAUUGACUGUAAAAUAGUGAAAGCACCAGACUUGAAAAUGAAAAUUAGACAAUGCAUAACAGAAGCAUGGCAAAGACAGUGGAACAAUGAACUUACUCAGCUAAGAACAAUAAAACCUGAUGUACCAGAAGACACGACUGCACAGCCCCCACGCAAGGUACGUGUUACCCCCAUCGUUCUUCGUGAUGCUUCGAGAUGGCGAGGCGUAAAUCACAAGUUCAUUUCCUUGGGCAUCAAAUUCGAACGCGCGGUUGCCGUCGAUGCAGGAAUCAGGAUAAUUCCCAAGUCCGAGGAUGAUUACCGCAGGAUUAUUCGUCUCUUCAGGGAGGAAGAGGUGCCCCAUCACACUUUCCCUCUACCCUCCGAGAGGAACAUUCAUGCUGUAAUCAGAGGAGUACAUGCGACACUUUCGGAAAUUGAGAUCAAGGAAGAGUUGCAACAGAGGGGAUAUUCCCCCCUGCACAUAAUUCGCCUGAAACGCGGUGGCGGCGUGCCCAUGCCUUUGGUGGUAGUCAUACUGCCCAAGAUAGAAAAAUCUCAGCAGCUGUUCAACGAACACGAGCUGCUAGGUUUGGCUAUCCGAGUCGAAGUUCAAAAGAACUCAAGACUCAUCGGGCAGUGCCACCGCUGCCAAAAAUAUGGGCAUGCGCAAUCUUACUGCACUGCACCACCUAAAUGUCUAAAAUGUGCCUCUGACCACAUGACCCACUUAUGCCCUCAAACAGAACAAGAGGAACGAAAGUGCGCGAACUGUGGAGGGGGGCAUCCAGCGAAUAGCCGAACUUGCAGAUUUGCCCCUAAGAAAAAUCUGGAAGUGAUAGCGCAAAGGCGCAAUGUAAGUUACGCGGAUGCAGCUAGGGAUGCAACCCGGGCUGCCCCCUCUGUGGGAUCUUCUGCGAACACGCAAAAUGUGGACCUGGCAACCGCGCUAAGGUCCUUACAGCAGAUCAUAGGUCCUCUGAUUAGCGCAACACAGGCUUUGCAGGCGAUCUUUCCUGCAAAUGGCUAG